UAUCCGUGUUUUAUAGGCAUGCCGUUAAUAUUUAUAGUUAAUGUAUGUAAUUAUUGUGAUUCAGAAUUAAACACGUAAUUAACAAUACUGUUGAAAACCAAAAUUAUUUUGGACUGGUCAUGAAGCAUGUAAAUGUAUUGAGAGAUAGCAGUAAGCAGUUUUGGCACAACAAACUGUAAUGUGGGUGUCAAAUUUUGUUCCGAUAUGUGCUUAUUGUUUGUGUUAAUUUAUCGAAUGGUUUGAACAACUCAUUUGUGCAAGAACUAUCAUGUCUGGGUCGAAAGUUGAAUGCGAUUCAUUUAGUGUAAGGAAUGAUGCCCCCGUUGCAGAUAAGGCUGGGACAAUAGGAGAUAACACAGGAGCGCAUGAGGAUUCAGUUGGUAAGACAGGGGAAGGACCAAAUAAUACUUCUGUGCCAUCAGACCUGUCCACAAGAGCAAGACAUGAGGAAUCCCAAGGUCAUGGCUCUGUGGUGGCUACACAUUAUAAUACUUUAGAAGAGAGGGGGCUUGCAGAGCGCUGCAAGAGUCGUAUUUUCUACCUGAGAAAUUUCAACAACUGGAUCAAAAGCAUGAUGAUUAAUGAGUACCUUAGCAAAUCAUGGCAAGGCAAACCUCGUGGUGCACCAAUGCGAGUACUUGACAUGUGCUGUGGGAAAGGAGGUGAUUUGCUCAAGUGGCGGAGGGGAAACAUCACCCACUUAGUGUGUGCUGAUAUCGCAGAAGUUUCAGUUGAGCAGUGUCAGGUCCGUUACAAUGACUUGCAGAAUAGGAGCAAGAAUGAACGAGGUUUUGCUCCUGUCUUCACAGCAGAAUUCAUUUCUGCUGAUUGUACCAAGGUACGACUUCGGGAGAGGUACAAAGAUCCAUCCAUGGAACUUGAUCUUGUGAGUUGCCAAUUCUCAUUCCACUACUGUUUUGAGAGCCUGCCACAAGCAGAGAACAUGGUACGCAAUGCUGCAGAGUGUUUGCGUCCGGGUGGUUAUUUUAUUGGGACUAUUCCUGAUGCCUAUGAAAUUAUGAACAGGCAACAGAACACAGGUGGUACUUUUGGAAAUGAAAUUUAUAAAGUGGAAUUCCAGUGUGACAUGAAACCACCAUUGCCUCUCUUUGGAGCAAAGUACAACUUCCACUUGGAGGGGGUGGUGGAUUGCCCAGAGUUUCUAGUGCACUUUCCUACGCUUGUCAAGUUGGCAGAGAAGUAUGGACUCCAGCUAAUAGCCAAGGAGCAUUUUGGUGACUAUUAUCAGAAAGUAAAGGAAGAGGGACGGUCACUCCUGGGGAAGAUGCAAGCUCUUGAGACAUACCCUCCCUUCCAUGAAGCACCAUUGCUAGGACAUGUUCCAGAUGAUUAUGAACAUGUGCAGCAGUACAUGCAGAAAUCCACAGGACAUCGGAAAGUUGGAACUUUGUCUAAAUCUGAGUGGGAGGCAGCAUCUCUGUACUUGGUGUUUGCAUUUCAAAAAGAUAAGACAUGGCGCCGUGCUGAAGAGAGAUCUGAGUGUGGGGACAGGCGUGAAGCUACCAAGAAGCAGGUGUCAGAGGAUGUCAGUGACAGCAGUGUGUCAAAACAUCUCAUAUCUGCAGAUCCAACAGUGGGAGGUGAUGGGGAGAAUUUGUGAAAACAAAAUACUGAGAUACCAAGUGUUGAGUGACAUGAAAGCCACAAGUCAUAACACAACAUGCAGUAUUUUAAUUUUCACCCUUUAUAUUUCCACUGUCUGGGUAACUGACAGUUUAGUUGCCUUCUGCCUCUGAACUACAGUUCUGCUUUAUGAUAUAUUACAAAUAUGUCAUAACUUUCCAAUUUAAUUUUAGUGGUUUGGACUGUAUGGUACUGUUUUUACAGCAUGCAAUUCAGAGUAUUGGAUUUUCAAACUGCCAUACAUGACUGAUGUGUUGAUCUUGGCAGAUGAUGUUUCUUUAGUCUGAUGAAUGAUGAGCCAACUUUUCUUCUGUGUUCAAGUGAAUGAUGCAGCUUAGAGGUAAAAACUGUGUGUAAAUAAGUGAGAAAAGACUUCACCACAAACAGUGUUAAGAUGGAAGAUAGAGUGGCAGACACUUGAUGUGGUUCUGGUCUGUAAUCUCAUCUGUAUUUCUUUUGAGUUUUUAACUGAUCAUUCCUCAUAUACAUGUAGUUGUCUCACUAAGUUUUUAUUCCAAUAUUUUUCAGUUGAACUAUACCUUAUUAUAUUAAAAUAACUGCCAAUAUACUGUUAAACUUUGAAUACUAAAUGUGUUAAAUGGAAUUUCUUUUUCCUCCCCCUUGUUUUAUUUAUCUCUUGUGAAAAAAAGAUGUAGCCUCAUUGAACUUUAUUCAGUAAUGCCUUUAUACACUUUUGACAAUUUCCUACAAAGAUUAUAUGUUUCACUUAAUUUUCUUAAGUUGAUUAUUAUAAUAGUGAUACUCUUUAAUUUAUUACUUGUUAGUGAUACAAAUAAAAUAUUUGUAGACUUCAGUAGUGUCAUAUUUCCUUUCUCUGUACAAUAAAAACAUUAUGCUGAGUGAGAAUGUGGUUAUACAAAGUAACUGCUGGUAGGUGUAUCUGCCAACAAUAGUUGUGGUACAUAAUUCUGCCUGUAGGUGGCUCUGCCACCAAAAUGUUAAACACAGUUGUCCUGUGUGAUAUUGUGGUAGAAGUGCAUUAAUAAUGAAUAUAUUAGGAGAACAUUGACAAAAAUUGUGCAAAUAUAAGUACCAAGAAUGAUAUUAUGAGGUUUUGUUUGCAAAUAUAAAUGACAUUUAGAAUUGGUGCAGGUUUUAUCAGCAUGUGACUAUUACGAAUGGAGCUCAGGUAGAAUGCUGGUGAGCUACUUGAUAUCAGGAAGAAGUUAUUUAAUAUGCUGAAUAAAAUGUGUUUGAUGAAA